AUGGCUCAUUCAGUAAGUUUGUGUAUUUGUUUUGAAUAUAUGUUUACGAUAGUUUCAGAGUCAUAGGCUGAAUAAAAUUUGUUUUUGAAUAUAUGUUUACAAUAGUUUUAGAUUAAUAUGUUUAUGAUAUUUCUAGAUUAAUAUGUUGGAUCUUAUCAAAGCUUGUGAGGCUGAAAGUGAACUCGACUUUCUUCAGGAGUCGUUUAUGCUCACUGAUGAGCAGAAGGAAGCUGUUCUUCAACAACGUAUAAUAUUUUGGACGAACGCGAUGGCCGAAGAUAUUGAACGGGAGAAUCCGGUUGGAGUUGACCCUAAUAUGAUGGCAAACUGGACCGAGGAUCAACGUCGCCUGUUCAACGAAGACUGGGCCAAUGAUGAUGGUUUAUGCGAACUCGAACAGUUGCCAGAAAAUCAAACGGGUGAAGGGAGCAAACGAAAGCACGUCAGUGGUGAUGCCCCCUCAAAACGCCAAAGACCAGAAGAGUAUUUCACUAUUAAAUCGGUGAAACAAGUUAACGUGAGGAAAUUCAGGACGACAGGUACACAAACUGUUUUUAUAUUUUUAAGCGUGUAUUUUUAAACGUAACAUCAGUUACGUGAGGGAUAUAGAUUGUUAUGUGUGAGUAAGGUUUCGUUUUUAUUAGGCUCCGCUUACACUAUACCGGAUUGCUAUCGCAGUGGGUCAUAUUUGGUAGCUAUCGAAAGGCAGUGAAGAUUUUUAAUCUCAGAGACUCAAAUAAACAUGUCAAUUCUGUCAAACUAAUAAGCAUUUGCUACUAACUAUUGCUCCGUAACGGCAAAAGACGUCGUCGUGACCAGCGAAUCCGGUAUAGUGUAAACAGAGGCUUAUAAGAGUUAUGUUUAUUGCUUGUGUGUACCACUGGCUGUACAAACCUAUCCAACGCAUAGGCUUUUUAUAAAUGACCAUAACUCUCAAAUAAAGCUUUAGUAUUUACAGGGCUUAUGAUUUGAAUUGUAGCUAAAGUAUAGCACUAUCCGAUAAAUAGCCUUGUUUGUACAAACCACGACCUCCCGUUUUUUAGGUGGAUUAUUCUAUAUUACUGGGUAAUCUCUAUAAUGAUUAUUGUAUGUCCAAUGAGUGAUAGCUUUAAGGUUUGUUCGUUCGCUGCAAUCAGAUAUAUAAAUCAUGUUGUCCGUUAAUCUCUCACUUUGGACAUACGUUGCCAUGAAAAUAAGACGCAGGCCAUGCACGUGUUUACACGUCCACAAGCCUAGGCCUAGGCCACCACUUGUAUUGAACCCAGAUUUCCAGGCAUAGGUCAGGCCCCAAUGCCAGGACAAUGCCAAAGUCUGUUUACACUGUCAAAAUGUAAGCCAACGUUAAUGCAAGACACUAUACUCAUGAAAUGUUGGGUGUUUAACCAACCAUAGUCUUUCUGAUUGCUAUUACUUAGUACAAUAAUGUAUUACGGUUUUUAGGUACAGACUACACUGUCCAAUUCAAUCCGUUGGACGUGCACGGGGUGUCAAACGUCAUGUCGACGUUGAACCGCGCAUUUCAACACUUAUUUGACCGACUCACGAGUGACAUGGCACCUCACGAUCAAGUUCGCUUGAUCCUCAACUCGAAUCAGCUGGACAAAUCCAUUUCCUUGCCUUUCCUACAACGGGAUCGUCUAACCCCAGAACGUUUCCUGGCGGCUGUUGAACGUGUUGUACAGUCCAAUAACCAGUUUACUUUGGAUGACUCUGUCAGCGUCAACGUGGUCCAUGUCGAAAUGCCUCAGGGUGGUUCUGGGCGUAAACGUGAUGUUGUGAACCUGGAAAGCUAUUUGACGAAAAAACGAGGCAUAGUUCAAAUCAAAAACAAAGAUGAUCUCUGUUGUGCCCGCGCGAUCGUGGUGGCCAAAGCGAAAUUGGAUAACGACCCCCAAUACAGAAGUAUUGUUAACCAUCAAAGGGCCAUGCAAACUCGCUUAGCUCGAGAACUCCACGAGUCUGCAUGUGUUCCUCAUGGUUCCUGUGGUAUCCCAGAAAUCAAGAAGUUCCAAGCUGCUCUUCCUGGUUAUCAGCUCAACGUGGUCUCUAAAGAACAUUUAAACGCCAUGAUUUAUUCCGGUCCUGAAUCAGACAAAUGUUUAUACCUGUACCACCACGAUAACCAUUACGAUGUCAUCACCAGUAUGCCUGCCUUCCUCGCCCGUACACAGUAUUGUCAUAAAUGUAAGAAGGGAUACGACAAGAUUACUGACCAUCCAUGUGGCGAUCU